AUGCUGGUAGCUGGAGAUCAGCUGUCCCUCUUAUGCCCACGACGUGUGAAACCUGCAACUGAUCUGACGUCGAAGCUCUGGAACUCGACAGACACUGACUUUCCUCAUCCUACCAUUCUACGCAGCAUAUACACGACAAUGGCGCUAUCACGAGCUCAUGGACCCGUGAGGAACUGCCUGCGCCAAUUGGCGUCCUCGGAGGGAUCCUCCCUCCAGACCCUCUCCCGCCGGCCGAUCGCCUCGAUAGCUGCCGCUCAGCCCCUCCCCCGCUGCUUCUCCAGCUCGCCCGCUCUUCUAAAGAAGCGCAAGAUCGCGGCCGCGAGCAACAGCCCCAAUGCCAAGGCUGCGGCCGGGACUGUUAACAAGGCCGAGUACGACACGGAGGCGGGCAGCGGCGCUCAGCCUAACCCGGAAGAUCCUCUCGACUUUAGCUCCGUGGUAGCGGCAUACGCACCCAUUGAUGCCCACUUCAAGACGCAGUUGGCGGGCAUGGUUCACGGAGGACGCUUCAACCCUACAAACCUUGGCUCCCUCCCCGUGGCCGUCAAGGACCCCGAGGCCGGAGACGGAUCGUUCCCGCUGCGGGAGCUCGCGCAGGUGGUGCCCCGUUCUGGCCGGACAAUCUCGCUGCUGGUGCACGACAAGGCCUACAUCAAGCCCAUCAUGUCGGCGGUGCAGUCGAGCCGUGAGUUCAACCAGCAGCCGCAGCGGUCCGAGGACAACGAGCUCGAGCUGCUGCUCAAGGUGGAGCUGGAGCGCAAGGACGACGUGGUCCGCCGCAUCAAGGAGGCCGUGCAGCUGUGGAAAGACCGCAUCCGCCAGGCGAGGUCCAAGCAUGAAAAGGUGCUCAAGGACUGGAAGAAGACGGGCGCCGUGCUGCCCGACGUGGUCAAGAAGGCUGAGAAGGAGCUGCAAAAGGUCCAGGACAAGAAGAUGAAGGAGAUUGACCAGGAGGAGGCCCAGACCAUCCGCCAGCUGUAG